GAAGGAUACCACGCUCUCGUGAUUCCUGGAGUUCUCUUGAGAUCAAGUAGCAUAUUCUGCUCUGGAAGGAGCACACGGGCAAAACAAGGUAUAUUACACUGAGAGCUGCUUAGAUCUUUCAGUUUAUAUGCACCGAGAGACACAAGACAGCACGGAUACAGUCAGCACGGGCACAGUCAGCACGGGUACAGUCAGCACGGGUACAGUCAGCACGGGUACAGUCAGCACGGGUACAGUCAGCACGGGUACAGUCAGCACGGGUACAGUCAGCAGUCAGCUGACAGAGUAAAAAUCUACAAAAUCGCCUUUUCUUGAGCCUUCAACAUGAAGGUGACAGCUGUGUGCGUGGCAGCAGCAACACUGUGCACAGCCGCUCUGGCCACUGUCUCUGUUCUUGGGCCCUCCAUGCCCCUGCCCAGCCACUCCAUUCCCCUAUCCAGCGACUCCUCUUUGGAAUCCUCCAAAAUACGCCAGAAGAGGGAUUACGGUAUCCAGGCGGAUAUGCCAGCCAGCCCUCCGGAGACUGACAGUGGGGUCUAUUAUUAUUACUACCCCCUGGAGGAAGAGAAGGGUAAGAAGAAGGAACUCUUCAAGGAUCACGAUAAGUGCACCGGAGAGAAGCUUCUGGCUCCGCUGAUCAUCAUCUGCAUCUUCCUGGGUAUCAUCGCCUUCAAGGACAUUGGUCUGGUUCCCAAAUUCUCUGUCCCACCCUUCACCUUUCCAGGAGUAAAAAAACCAGACAUUGACAUACCGAAAGCCAGGGAGUUGGUCUCCUCCUAUGUCCCGUGGGAUACCAUUGACCAGGUGACGCUAGCGGUGACGGAGGCUGUGGAGAGUGAGGAGUGUCUGCCACGGCUGGUCUGUGAGUCUGGCAAAUAUGCUACCAGCUACACUACAGCACUAAGUCUGCUGGAGUUCUUUAUGCCACGGAAGCUCAAAGCGCACAUGGAGAUCUUCAAGAAUUCUGCUUACAAGAUGGCUGACUGCACCAACUACAAAUGCAGCUAUGCAGAGAAUAAAUGAAAGCAUAUUAAAUAUUUGGGGAACUAUGUGAGAUGAAGGAGCCUUUCAUACGAUUUUGUGAUGUCAAUGCAACCUAUAUGCAUGCCAUCUUGUUAUUAUUAUUAUAAUCAAAAAGAAGCGCUGAACCUACAAGGGUCAUACAGCGGAACAUGCCAUCUAGUGUGAACCUGCACAAUUUCUAAAAUGUAAUUCAAGUCAUGGGUGUGAGACAUGGGUGGUGAAUGUUUCAACAAGGAGAAGGCUGGAGGCAGUGGAGAUGUCAUGUCUAAGGGCAAUGUGUGGUGUGAAUAUAAUGCAGAGAAUCCAUAGUUUGGAGAUUAGAAGGUGCGAGAUUACCAAAACUGAGGAGGGGUUAUUGAGAUGGUUUGGACAUGUUGAGAGGCUGGAACGAAAUAGAAUGACUUUGAGAGUGUAUAAAUCUAUAGUAGAGGGAAGGUAGGGUAGGGGUCGGCCUAGGAAAGGUUGGAGGGAGUGGGUAAAGGAGGUUUUGUGUGAGAGGGGCUUGGACUUCCAGCGUGCAUGAGCAUGUUAGAUAGGAGCAAAUGGAGACAAAUGGAUUUUAGGACUUGACCUGCUGUUGGAGCGUAUGCAAGGUAACAUGAAGAGAUUCGGGAAACCGGCAGGCCGGACUUGAGUCCUGGAGAUGGGAAGUACAGUAUCUGCACUCUGCAGUUGAGAGUGUAUAAAUCUGUACUGGAGGGAAGGCAGGGUAGGGGUCGGCCUAGGAAAGGUUGGAGGGAGGGGAUAAAGGAGGUUUAGUGUGAGUGGGGUUUGGACUUCCAGCAAGCAUGCAUGAGCAUGUUAUAUAGGAGCAAAUGGAGGCAAAUGGAUUUUAUGACUUGACAUGCUGUUGGAGUGUAAGCAAGGUAACAUUUAUGAAGAGAUUCGGGAAACCGGCAGGCUGAACUUGAGUCCUGGAGAUGGGAAGUAUAGUGUCUGCACUCUGAAGGAAGGGUGUUAAUGUUGCAGUUUUAUGACUGUAGUGUAAGCAUGCCUCUGGCAAGACAGUGAUGGAGUGAAUGAUGAUGAUGAAAGUUUUUCUUUUUCCGGCCACCCUGCCUUGGUGGGAAAUGGCCGAUGUGUUAAUAAUAAAAAAAAAAAAAGAAAAAAAAAAUUCAAGUCAUGAUACAUUAAUGCACUUUCACCUAACUAUUAAUUGUCAUGGGCUCUUUCUCUGUAUAUAGUGUACUCUUCUUCAGGAAUCUAUUAACAAUUAAAGGCAGGUAUCUGUAUGAGACAUUAGUACACAGAUCAGUUUGUAUUAUUAUUAUUAUAAUCAAAAAGAAGUGCUAGAUCAGUUUGUAAUGGGGCUUAUUUCAUUUAUUUUACUUGAAAACAUAAAUACGUACACUCUAUUUUCCAUCAUUUUAUAUACAAAACAAUACUUAGUUUGAAGCACUGGGACUCUUUAGAAUUACGAUAUGUGCACAAUAAGCUACACAUGUAAUAUUAUUAAUAUGAAUAACAUUAUUGUUAUAUGCAUGUAUACAUUAUGUGAUCUUCAGUUCAUUGUUACUAAUUCGAAAGGUUGUCAUUUCUAUUGAAAAACAUUAAGGAGCAGGCCUACCUUAUCAAAACAAAUGCUCCACAUAAAAUAUGAAAAAUGCCCUUCAGAACCUCAAGGUCGGAGAAAAUCUAUAAUCCAGUCACCACCUUCAAAGAUGCUUCUUGAAGGACGAAGUAUUUAAAUACUUUACUCUUCAGAAAAUGCUGAGCUGUUGCUGAUAGUCAUACAACUCUGAAUUUUUGAGGAAUAGUGAACUAUCUUUGCCUUUGUAAACCAAAGAAAAUGCUUGCUCUCUGGCCAAGGAAUUGUGUUUGGUAGAUAAUAGUCACCUAAACACAACACAGGGAAUUACUCUUAUCGUGUAAUGGGGGCCAAUCUCGACCAAGAACUGUGCUUGGGAGAUAGUACCCCUCCCCCUCUCCUACGUCCCGAAAUAAAAAAAAAAAACCAGCUUACAGAAUCACCUCUCCAUCCAAGCUGUGUACAGGUGACCCAGCUUCAGGGACUAAGAAUGUGAAACACAUGAAGCAGAGUGACCUCUUUCAUUAGAAAAUUAUUAUUAUAUUAAAAAAAAAGAAGCACUAAACCUACAAGGGUCUUUCAUUAGACAAAGUUUUACCCUAAAGAGAAAGAUGUGAAAUGCUGAAAAUAUAAGAAGGCUGACUCUGCUACAUGUGCUUCACAUAAAUAUUUAUAAAAUUUAUAUGUCAAACUAAACCAGAUGAGGUGGAUCUUACAUGGAAACUUGAGUUUAUUGAGAUCCUCUUAAAUGCUGUGCUAGUUCUUAAAUAGUUGUGUCCUUGACUCAAAGGCAUUAAAGAGAGAUACAGAGAAUGUGUGUUAGAGCACUUGGUUCUCACUGCUGAUGUGCAACCUGACAGUAAGGUAGUAGUAGUGUGUGUGUCCUAUACAGUGACUCUGGUAUGGCCUAUAUUACAUUAUAUUCUAAGAUGAUCAAUAGGAGGAGUAUGUGUGGGAGAAGACAGUAUUGAUUUUGAUUUUGUUGUGGGCUAUGUGAAGACAAGAGAAUAUAUGCCAAGGUACUGAAAGAAGGAACCAUGGAAGUACUAGAGAGAGAGAGAGAGAGAGAGAUGCAUUAUUUUUAUAAUCAAGGGGGAAGUGCUAAACCGGUAGGAUCAUACAGUGCCUGUGGGAGGAUGUGGAAGGUAUUCAGGCUUUAUUCAGGGAACUGGAGCACAGAUCCAAUUCCCUAGAUCAAGAGCCCCUCACCAGCAUCAAGGCACCUUCCUUGAGGGGAGAGAGAAAUGCAAAAUCUUUAUAGUUCAGGAUUAAAAGCGAGGUUAUGGUAUUAAAUAAGAAUAGCUUUUCUCGGGAAGCCAUCAUCAAACAGAAAUACGUUUUUCCAAAAUAAAGUUAUGAUACAAAUACUCUUUACUGUCAUGUAUUCAAUAUUUUUUAUAUAUUUUACAUAACUUUAUACACAUAGGUAUGUCGAACAUACUUAAAAUAUGACAAUAUUAUUGAUAACCAACACUUAAAACUCCACAACCCCAAUAACACCAAAUGCAAUCCAAACACACCAUUCACUCAACAAAAGAUAUGCCUCACCACAAAAUGCACUCAGGUCUGAACAUUUUUCCUACAACAAUAUAAACAUUAGUCUAUUAAAAAUUCAAAUUCUCUGCAUAUUCACAUACCAAAAUUUUCUCCCUCAUGUAUCAAAAUUCCCAACAUUUGAUGUGCCUUAAAUGAAUAACUCUGUUCUUAGAAAUUAGUAACUAAUUCAGCAAUAUGGGUGACCAUAUCAAUUAUUUAUAACUUUAUUGUAACUAUAUUUACACUUGUAUAAUAAUCAUAUUAAUUUAUUUGCUUUUAAAUAAAAUGUUCCAUUUUUGUAUAUUAACCUUCUUUGAUUUUUUGAUAGAAGUCAUUAUAACCCUAUUAUUAUUAUUGUAAUUAUUAUUAAUUUCAUGAGAGGCGCUUCACUCGUUGGAGUUAUACAAUGCCCAGGAAUAAGCUAUGAUCCAAGGAAGGGGAGCUCUGUUUCCAUUAGAUUAAUUAAGAGAGUGGUGAAGCAAUGUAAAAAGAGAGCAAAUGAGAGAGUGGGUGAGAUGUUAUCAACAAAUUUUGUUGAAAAUAAGAAAAAGUUUUGGAGUGAGAUUAACAAGUUAAGAAAGCCUAGAGAACAAAUGGAUUUGUCAGUUAAAAAUAGGAGAGGAGAGUUAUUAAAUGGAGAGUUAGAGGUAUUGGGAAGAUGGAAGGAAUAUUUUGAGGAAUUGUUAAAUGUUGAUGAAGAUAGGGAAGCUGUGAUUUCGUGUAUAGGGCAAGGAGGAAUAACAUCUUGUAGGAGUGAGGAAGAGCCAGUUGUGAGUGUGGGGGAAGUUCGUGAGGCAGUAGGUAAAAUGAAAGGGGGUAAGGCAGCCGGGAUUGAUGGGAUAAAGAUAGAAAUGUUAAAAGCAGGUGGGGAUAUAGUUUUGGAGUGGUUGGUGCAAUUAUUUAAUAAAUGUAUGGAAGAGGGUAAGGUACCUAGGGAUUGGCAGAGAGCAUGCAUAGUUCCUUUGUAUAAAGGCAAAGGGGAUAAAAGAGAGUGCAAAAAUUAU